UUUAGUCUUUCGGAGUAUCGUGCAUUCUUCCGUUUGAUCAGCUUCUGACAUUUUUUUCUGUUGCUACAAGAUGUUUACUUGCAUUGACCGUGCGUAUUUAGAUGAAGAUCCGUAUAAUUCCACAUGUAAAAUCGGCAUGAAUCUGACAAGGAGGGAACAAUAACUGGAAGGUAUUCGUAGCACUUUGACUCCUGUAAAGGUGUCAUGGACGAUGAAGAGCGCUUGGAAGGAGAGGAGGAAAUGGAGCUCGAUGAUGCCUCCGAUGGUGAAGAUGAAGAUGAAGAGACCACAGGAAUUCCUUCUUCGCCAGCAAAUUCAGAUCAAUUGCUGGGCCCAGUUCCUUCCCUUGGUAACCAAACAGUAUAUUCCAUUGUAGUCAAUUCCGAGGAAGCUUUUCCUGAUCCGCUGCGAUACCAAAAGUUUCCACUACCUGGUGGUAAACCACUAAGUAUAAGGCGUGGUCCUGGUAGACCAAGAAAAGAACGUCCAUAUGGUAUCCCUCGUGGUGGAGGCGCUCGAAGAUCUUUUGGUAGAGGUACAACAAGGGGUAAAGGAUUCUUGGUUUUUAGGCUCGGGUAUAUGAGAGGUAUGCCACGUAGGACAAAAAGUAAAGAUGAUGAUACCCACUCCGAGUCUCCGAGUCCUCUUCGCAUUGGUGAAGACACACCUGAUGGAGAAGGAUUAAAUAUAGAAAGAUCUAUGCCUGCCCCGGAAGAACCACCGUAUUUUCCAGAACAAUGGCCAGGAAAAGUUUGUGCUCUAUGCAAUUUGGGCGAACGAAGUCAGUUGGGUCAAGGAGAAUUAUUAAGAUUAUCAUGUCCAGAAGGUUUUACUCCUGAAAAAAAUAUUAAUCGGGAAGAGACGACUGAACAACUAAUGGAUGUAUCUGCCGGUGAUAAAAGUCCCCGUGCAGUAGGUCCAGGUGCUGUUACUUGUCGUAGACAAAAAAGUUUGGCUAAGUGCAGAAAUACUAGUCUUACCAACUUUACGGAACCAGUGGAAGAAUUAACUAUAGUUGGGUUUUUGGAAGAGCCAGAGAUAGGAAUAUUAUUUGAACCAACAGGGCAUUAUUAUGUUCAUCAGUCUUGUGCAACGUGGUCAAGUAAUAGUCAUGAUCUCGCAACUGAACUCAUUAGCCCUGCAAUAGUGCAAGCUUCAUCUCGUCGUUGUGCUUAUUGUUCUCAUUAUGGAGCUGGAAUAGCUUGUAAAGUGGCAUCGUGCAAUCGUUAUUUUCAUUUACCAUGUGCUGCAGCUUCAAGUUGUUUCCAAGAUACAAAAACAUCAUCACUUUUUUGUAGUCAACAUUUGGGACAGGUUCCAUUAUUAUUAAAUGGUGGUGAUGUCACUUGUAUGCAGUGUUAUGGAAUGGGAGACGUUUCUAACCUAGUAAUGUGCUCUAUAUGUGGACAACAUUAUCACGGUAGUUGCGUUGGUUUAGCCCUGUUACCUGGAGUACGUGCUGGUUGGCAAUGCUUAUCCUGCCGUGUAUGUCAGGUUUGUCGUCAACCUGAAGAUGUUUCAAAAAUAAUGUUAUGUGAGAGAUGUGAUAAAGCGUAUCAUCCUGGUUGUUUACGACCAAUUGUAACAUCAAUACCUAAAUAUGGGUGGAAGUGUAAAUGUUGUAGAGUGUGUACAGAUUGUGGCUCGCGUACACCUGGUGCAGGACUAUCGUCACGUUGGCAUUCUCACUACACUGUUUGUGACUCGUGUUACCAACAAAGGAACAAGGGUUUCUCUUGUCCACUUUGCAGAAAAGCAUAUCGAGCAGCUGCAUAUAGAGAAAUGGUACAGUGCAGCGUGUGUAAAAAAUUCGUUCAUGGUACCUGUGAUUCAGAGGCUGACCCAACAACUUAUCAGCAUCGCAAAGAAACUAAACCUGACUAUGAAUAUGUUUGCCUUCAAUGUAAAAGUGCGGCUAUUGUAAAAAGAAAAGACAAUGUUGAUGAUUAUACAGGUGACUUUAGUCUCAGCGGAUCGCAAGAAAGCUUUUACGGAGAUGGGGAUUCAUCUGAGGUUGAUUAUCAAGGAAGUUCCGAAGAAGCAUUAUUUUCUAUUGGACUUGGAAAAGGAAAACCUUUUUGUGCAUCUAAAAUCGCUAAAAAGAGAUUAGGCUUGGGAGGAGCCUUGAUAGGUAGACCAAAAGGUGUAGGCAAACUUGGUUAUCAAAAACGUCAAAAAAUGAAUGAAUUUGGUAGAAAAAGAGGUCCUAAAGCUAAGAUGAGAGGUAUUUUUGGAGUACCAGGGGUAGGAUUGCAGAGACCAAGUUCAGAUUCUUUUUCAAAAGAAGAUGAACCAGGUGUAGAAAAUAGAUUAGUAUUAUGCUCUGCAAAAGAUAAAUUUGUUUUAACUCAAGAUAUUUGUGUUAUGUGCGGUGCGAUAGGAACUGAUCAGGAAGGAUGUUUAAUUGCUUGUGCACAAUGUGGACAAUGUUAUCAUCCUUACUGUGCUAAUGUUAAAGUUACUAAAGUAAUAUUGCAAAAAGGUUGGCGGUGCCUUGAUUGUACAGUAUGCGAAGGUUGUGGCGAAAGAAAUGAUGAAAGUCGUUUAAUAUUAUGUGAUGAUUGUGAUAUCAGUUAUCAUAUCUAUUGUAUGGAUCCACCAUUAGAUUAUGUGCCUCAUGGAACAUGGAAAUGUAAGUGGUGUGCACAGUGCCAAACAUGUGGUACAAAUGAUCCAGGAUUUAACAGCAGCUGGCAAAAAAAUUACACACAAUGUGGUCCAUGCGCAUCUCAUAUUGCAUGCAUAUCUUGUCAAGAAGCUUAUAACGAGGGAGAUCUCAUAAUACUGUGCAUUCAGUGUGAGAGAUGGUUACAUUGUACAUGUGAUUCCAUUAAAUCGGAAGCAGAUGCAGAAAAAUGUGCCGAGGAAGGAUAUAUUUGUAUACUUUGUCGUCCAAGAGACGUACUCCCGCCACAUCUUACGUGUAGCCAAUCUAAGCUCCAACCAAACAAAUAUUCAUGUUCGCCACCACCAACUGUGCGAAGUCCCGAAUUAUACAAACCAUCUUCUCAAAAUUAUUUAAUAGAUGGUGUAUAUUUAUCCGAGGCUGGCAUGAAUCACAUUAAAUCUUUAACGUCAGAACAUCAACAACCGAGGAAAAAAAGAAGAAAAAUGAUUCCCGUGGUAGAUAAAGAUGCAGACAUAAUGGCCACGAUAGAAUCUGUUGUGGCUGGUGGUAGUUUAGACAAUUCCUUAGAAGAUAAUGGAAAAAUGGAUCUAGUAGAUGUUAAAGAUGAACCUACUGAGAUACUUAAAGAAGGUAUGGUAUGGAAUCCACGUGGAGAUCAACCUCCACCGGAAGGAUUUAGUAUUUAUACGACUGAAAAUGGCAUACCAGUUUUAAGACGCAAACGCCAACGUAAUUUACAAAAGCUUGGCAUUGGUGGAUUCAUUGUCAGAUUAAGAGGUAAUCGUAAGGAUAAAGAGGAGGAAGGAGAUCCUGAAAAAAUAUCUGAUUCAUUAAUGGCAGGAAUGGGGGAUGACAAGCCACGUAGAAAACCACAGAGACGAAAACCAAAGACAAAAUUAUCCGAAUGUUUUCCCCUCUAUAUGCAAGAAGCAUUCUUUGGCAAAGACCUUAUGGAUAUUACCAAAGAUAAAGAUCCUGAAAAUAAUAAUGGAUCCGAUGGUGAAGGUAAUGUUGCUACUACUAAUGCAGAUACUAUUCAAUUGUCCCAAGAUGAAUUGAAAGUAAUGGAACAAGUUAAAGCUAAGCAAGAAAAAGAGGAAGAUAAAUUGCCAAUGGAACAACCAAUAAAACGAGAAGAAAUUAUGGAAGAUGAUGGCAGUGAUACAGAAGCACUGCAUGAUAUAUUACCUAUUUCUAGUGACAUACUUGAUAGUGAUCUUGUAAAUACUAUUAUGAAUGAACCAGACGAAGAUUUAGCUAAAGCUAGUGAAGCUUUGGACGAAUUAGACGAUACGCAAGGAACUACUAAGGACGAAUUAACAGACAUUCUUAGUCCUCAUUUUAAUUUAGAAUCAAUGGUCCGAGAUAUUGGUUUACCUAAUAUGGAUAGUAAAGAUAUUGAAGACAUAUUCAAAGGAGUUCUUACAGAUGAAUCCCAAGAAUCACAAGAAUCAUCAGUGUUUUCAGUUCAAGCUCAACCUCCACAUCCAUCAUCUUCCUCGACACCUCUUGUUUCACCUUCACCACAUCCUGGUAUGCAAACAACUUUACCUCUUGCAAGACCGCAAGUACCUGGUACAUUACCCCCAGUUGGGCAAUCUAAUUUAAAUUCUCCUAUGAGUUUUCCACCGCCAUCGCCAUAUCAUUCGGAGUAUAGCAAUAGUCCACAAUUUAGCCCAGCGUUCUCGGAACCACCAAGUCCUUGGGUAAAUCCUGAUGAUGAAGGAAGUGCUCCAGUGAGUGGUGGUGCGAUAUCGUACAACCAAAGAAGUAAUCUUAAAAUGGAGACUGAUGAAGGAUUAGGUAAUGGAGCAACAAUAUCUUCAGUACUUUAUGCAAAUAUGAAUCAUCCAGAAUGGAAAACGGAAUAUCCAGUUUGGGCUGAAAGAUGUAAACAAAUUUUAAAAAAGUGGCGUGCUCUACCUAACGAAAAGAAAGCUCCUUAUCUAAGUCAAGCACGAGAUAACAGAGCAGCAAUUCGUAUGAAGAAAACACAACAGAUAUCCAAGGAAAUACCAAGCACGACCCCAGUCACUGCAUCAAGCGCACCUACCAUCAUCACCAAACCUGUCACUGCUAUGACAUCAGCUCAAGUUUCUCCAGUAGUAGCUAUGGCCUCCAACCAAAGGCAAAUUGGACUUUUGACUUCAGUGAGCAGUGAAAAGCCGCAAGAAAAGAGUGGAAUGUCCGUAUCUGCAACAGGAGUGGCGGUGCCAUCAGCUAGCAGUAAUCAUCAUGCGGAGGUGUGUGCGGUGCAGGGACCGCCGAAGCAGCUAACAUCUAUUUCCCCGAGUCCUUCGUCAACUUCCACAACCCCGUCUUCUUCACCUAGACCCAGUUCUGUCAAUUCUAUCAGUUCCAUUAACAGCCUGGCGCACCAAGAGAUUACGGGUGGCCAGGCUAGAGUAGCUCAGUCGCCAGCCACGCCUUGCACAUCAGCAACUGCUUCUUCUUACUGCAACACGGGCGCCGGUGAAGGGCAGCAUCAAACGUCACCAUCCCAACAACGUCCUACACCUUCUCAUGUUGCGAUCAGUACCAGUACUGUCUCUAACAGUCUGGCUAUUCCUCAGGCAUCCCCCACUGCUAACGUGAUGGUGGGGGCAGCUCCUGCCCGCCAAUUAUCCUCGGUAGACCACCAGAUUAGAGUGCUCACCCCAUCUGAAAUCAUGCGCACCCUCCCCUCCUUGAGCCAGGAGCACUACGAUCCGCCACCCACUACAAUUAUUCACACUGUACCUGUACAGACCCCGGCUAUGGAACAAGAAAGACUUUCCAAUAGAGACCGUUCUAGUAGAGAAGCAGAACAAGAGCGUCAAUGGAAACAACUGCAAGCUCUACGUCAACAACAGGCACAAUUUCAACAGCAAGUAAUUCAAGAACAACGUGUACAUGCUAUAGCCAGAGUACAAAGACAAAUAAGCGAAGACAAUACUUCACAAUUAGGUACUGAUAAUUCAGCUGGAUUAACAACACAACUACAAGUUUCAACAUCACAGGAGAAUAAUCAUUUAGGACCACUUGCUUCCCCAUCUCCUGGAUCACGUGGUACCUUUGCAACACCUCCAGUUAAAGUAACAAGAGGGGUAGCUCCACCAAGUCCUCAUCAAGGUAUGCCGCGUUUACCAACUCAGCCUUGUGCAACGGUUACACGUCCAGUUGGAACCGUGGUUAGACCAGGCAUGCCAAAUAACUUCACACAACCGCCUUCUCCCUUCUCACCCCAAGCUCCUCAAUCUCCUCAUGAUUUUCCACAGUCUCCAGCUUCCUCUCAAUCUCAAGAUCAUUUUCAACGGUUCGAUACGAACGAGGCUUUCUCUCAGGCUUCCCAAACAGCUAGGUCACAAAUAUCUGGUAAACCUUCGUAUUCUACGUCACCAAGAAAUGAAGUUUUCUCGCAGCCGCCAGGUACACCAAGACCAAUGUUUAAUCCACCUACACCGCGACCCACUACUCAUGUAUACGCUCCAUCUCGUACUCCUGAUCCCUAUAGUAAUCAACCACCAACACCAUCACCUGUUCCAAACUACCCCUCGCCAAGAUCAGAAUCUCGGCAAGAGCCACAACAGCAAGAAGUAUUUAAUCAACAACCAGAAGUUAAUAGACAGUUGCGCGAUCUUCUCCAAAGACAACAGUUUAAGAAAAUUGAUUCUGUCAAUGCUUCUUGGAAUCCAGAUGGACAAAAUCCUGACGGAAAUCAACAACAAUUCGAAACAGGUCAUGUACAACUUCAACAACAUUCUCAAUCCAAUAAUAAUACUGGGGAAGGUACAUUUAGGCAUCCUCUUCCACCAAGUGUCGUAAGACCACGAAUGCCACUUCAACCAAAUAUUUUAAUAAGAAAUCCAAUUGGAAUAACUUCGAGGCUCCCUGUUACGGGAAAUAUGGAUGCGAGACUUCAACCCAUAGAUUCUCGUACUAGAAUGUUACUGCAACGAUCGCAAGUAAAUGCAAGUAUUUCGCAACAGCAUUUUCAAGGUACGCAACCCUUACAAACUCGGAUGCAAACUGUUAGAAAUACAUUAUCGGAAUCUUAUGAUGUACUCCAGCAACAAAGAUUUCCAGAACCAAAUCAAGGACAAACUCUUGGUCAACGUAUGAUACGGCCAGGCCAAGAUAAUUUAACUCAGGGAAUGCGUAUGUUAGGAGCACAAACAUUGGUUAGACCUAACCUUAUGCAAACAACUGUUAAUGAAACUACUAGCACUCCAGAACCAUCAGAAAUUCCAGAUAAUGUAACUGCCGAACUUGAGAAAUUGGAACAAGAAGAAGGAGCACCAAUGGUCGAGGUCGAGGGCGUGAGUGCAAUAUUAGGUGAUUUGGGCGAUGAUGAUGAUGAACUCCUUGCUGAAAUGGGUGCAGAUUUUAAUAUUUUGGAAUACGCAGACCCCGAAUUAAACAAUAUAACUGGAGGUGACAAAACUAAUAUUCUUGAUUUGGAAUUGGAACAAGUUGAAGUAGAAACGAAAGAGGAAAAACAGAAAAAGGAAUCGAAGGAAGAAGAACACAAAUCGGAAGAUUUGGCUGGAACAGGUAGAGUACUGACUGGUAUUAGUGACAAAUGUACAGGAAGCACUGUGCAAACAUCGACUGAUGCAACUGCAGUACCAACACAAGUACAACCGAUGGCUCCUUUGAGUGCAACUCCGCAAGUACCUCAACAACAAUCGGCUAUUUUACCGCAAACACAUUCUCCGGCUGUUGCUAUACAACAACAAAUGCAUCAGCAUUUACAACAUGCAGCGGCAAUCGGACGACCUAUGCCACCAGGAACUCGACUGUUAUCUCCCGAUGGUGCUGUUGGCGUUGUCACAUCGACCAAUACAGUUACCGUCAGCUAUCCUUCGACAUUUCCUGGACAUCCUCAAAGAAUACCACAAACGCAUAUACAAGACAAUUUUAUUAAAUUGCUUAUAGUUGCCCAACAACAGCAACGUAUUGGUAUGAGGGUUGCUGGAGUCCAAAAUGUUGCUGGUCGAGUCGUAACAGUUAAUCAUAUGAUAGGACCACGUUUGCCACUUGCGCCUCCACCACCACCACCGCCUCCACCGCCACCUUACCCAGGACCUCCUCCACCAUAUCCUGGUCCUAUACAGAUGGGGCUGUGCCCAGGUGGGCGGGGUUUGACGCGGCCCCCAGUUCAUAUAGGGCACGCAAUGCCAGUGGCUGGUCCACCAAUGGCCCCAGUGGUUCAUUCUGGUGCACCUGCAAUGGCACCUCACCCUCAUCGACGACCCUUGCUUCUGCAGUCAUGUUCGCAGGAGCAACCAUUGUUAUUAGAGGACCUUUUGGAACAAGAAAAAAGAGAGCAAGAAAAGCAACAGCAACAACAGCAGCAACAACAAGUUGAUAACACACCUUCUAGUGCAAGUCUUUUAAGCGAAAGUGACUUUGAGAGAUUGAGAGCAGACGUUUUAAGCUCUGCUCCAUUAGCAUCCCCUCCUCAAGGAAUGGUACCAGUACCUGGAGGGAUUCCUGUUAUUAGACCACCAUGUACACCAAGACCACCAUCUGCACCUGGAAAAAAUUGGCCACAAGCAGUUCCAGACGCGGCAAAAAUUGCAGUUCAAGUACCCAGACAACCAAUCUCUACGCAAACAACACCUGAACCAAGGGUAGCUACAUUCCAUUUACCUCAAUUACAAGUACCACCAGUUCCACCAGAUAACAUAGUAAAUGAGCAAGAUCGUCAAAUUCAAAUUCAAUAUGAACAGUGGUUAACCCAUCAACAACAAUUAUUAACCUCACAACAAAAGUUUUACGAAACUGAGGUCCAAAAGCUGCGCAAAGUAAGAAAAUCUCUUAAUAGCAAACAACGACAACUUCGGAAAUCUGGAAAUGAAUUAACAGAAUCUGAUGCUCAGGAACUUCAAAGAAUUUCGAUUGAACAAGCAGCAUUACAAAAACAAUUAGAUUCUAGUAGAAAACAAUCGAGACAACAUGGAAUGUUGAUACAAGAAUAUAAUACUAAACAGCAACAAAAACAAUCUCAGUCACAGAAUAGUGAACCGUGUUCACCUCUAAUGUCUCCUUCCCAACAUUCACCAAUGCAUAGUCCGGCUGCAAUAGUUUCUCAAAGUCCAGGUCCUGGAAGUGUUUCUGCAAAUAUGAUACAACAUUCACCAGCUACAUCAAUGGUACAACAUAGUCCUAAUCCACCAUUAUUGCAACACAGUCCUGGUAAUCCACAAACAGCAAAUCCAGGAACGAUGUCUCCUCACAAUAUGCAACCAUCUCCAAGGAUCGGAACGCCUCAUUCGCAAGGCGAGGAGAGUCCUUUCAGCCCAGGUGCUAUGUCAUCUCCAGGCAUCUGUGGCCCCACAGCUACUAGAAUGACUUCGCCACAACAUCGUGCUGUAAUAACAGGACGACAUGUUACGAGUCCAGGUUCUUUCACAGCUGAAGCACGGAACUCUCAGCAAAUAAUUGCAGAACAAGGAGCUAGAUUGCAUGCACUCACUCAAAGAUUCGUUCGUCCACCAGUAAUAGGAGAACCUGGGCAAAGACCAAGAAUGCAAAUACAAGGAGGAAUAGUAUAUAGUCAGCGUUCUCCGCUUGGAAGUCCUCAACCCAAUCAGCAAUCAUUAACUCAACAGCAUCAACAAAUGCUACAACGACAACAAAUUUUGCAGCAACAACAACAACAACAACAACAACAGCAGCAGCAGCAACAGCAUGAUGUAAAUAAUGUUACUCAAGAUAAUCAGAAUGCUAUAAGCCGUAAUUUACAAAUGGUACAACAGAGGCAACAAAUAUUACAACAGCAACAAAGACAACAAUUUUUACAAAUGCAGCAACAGCAACAACAACAGCAUGGAGCUACUAUGCAAAAACCUCCAAAUUCUCCCAUGGUAUCUCAACCUGCAAAUUCGCCAAGUCCUCAACUUCAUCAACAGAUAUCUCAAAAUUAUGGACAACCACCGAGUUCACCAAUGCCACGUAGUCCUAUGGUACAACAAACGAUGGGUUCGCCUAUGCUUCAACAACAAUUAAGUCAAACUUCUCAGCCUCCCAGUCCAAUGAAUACAAGAAUGCAUACACAUCCUCCCACGUCUCCGAUGGUUGCUCAAUGUCAACCACCUAGCCCUAUGGCUCGUAAUCAUCCAUCCACGUCACCGAUGUUACAGCAUCAACUUAAUAAUUCGCAUCAUCCACCACCACCACCACCAUCGCAAACACCAAAUUCUCCAAUGCCUCGUAGUCCGAUGGUUGGUGGCUCUCCAAUGCAAAUGCAAAGACGACAAUCUACUGGUAAUAGUCCAGCGAUGCCUGAUAGACCGCAAAGUGUUGAAAAUCCUGGAACACCAAGAACUCCACAUACUCCUCAUACACCGCAUCCAGUUUAUGCCUCUCAAAAUUCAGGUAACACUGUAAUGUCGAAUGAUCAACAGCAACAACAACAACAACAACAACAGCAGCAGCAGCAGCAACAACUUUCUCAACAUCAGCAACAACAACAACUUUCUCAACAUCAACAUCAACAACCAGAACAGACAUCUGUAGAUCAUACAAAUAGAGGAGGUGGAAACCCACAUAAUCCAAUAAAUUCAUUACCAUUCAUACCUAACUUUGGAAGGUACGGGUUUUUUAAACUUGGUCUAAGAGGUGGCUCUCCAAUGUGGUCAAAACCAGAAACUAGUAAGGGUAAAACUGCAGAAUCUCAUCUGUUGAAUAUGGAUGAAAAACCUAAUACAUCAGCAGUACAUAGAAAAACAGGUAUACCGCCGUCAAAAAUUAAUUCUUUAGUUUGUGCAGAUUAUAAUGAUUUCGACGAUGAUUCACAUACACCACCUCAAACGCCACCGACAUCUACAGAAUUAAAACAGACGUCGUCGUUACCUGACAAUGGUCCAUUGCAAUUAGGAAGCCCAAGUGAUAAACUUGAACCUAUUCCUGAUACUAUAGAUUAUGAUGAUGAUAAGACAAUAGUUAACACCGAGGUAACUCUAAGUUCAACGGCUCAACGAGACAAUGAUGACAUUACUGUUAUAGAACAAUUUGGAGAUUCAGAAUUAGUUGAUGUUAUGUCAGGUGCACUUGAUGGUGACAUGCAGGAAGAGUAUGUACUUUUUGAACCUGGCGUGGUUGUGGAUUUAUCUGCUGACAGUAACGACUCUCUCUGUCAUGCACUUGUUAAUGACGGUAGUCAAGGACAUGAUUUGGUACAAAUUUUGGAAAUUGAAAAUCCAGAAUCUCAAACUGAUGAACCUAUAUUAAGUGACGAAGAUCUUGCGCCUUCGCAUACGAGAAAUAAAAAAGGUUUAAGAUUGGACAUUGUAAGAACACUUGAUUCUGGAAAAAGAUUAUUGGCGGUAACAGAUACACCAGAGUCCCCUGACCAAGAUGAACUUCGCGUAGAUCCAUCACCUGGACCAUAUAUGGAUCACUCACCAGAUCAAGAUCUUAUGGUAUCCUUGGAUAGUGAAUCAGAGGUUGUUAUUAUUGAUCCUAGUACAAAAUCACCUGAAGAUAAUUUCUUUAAAGAAUCUUGCGAGGAAGAGAACGAUAAAGUAGAUCCUACAACUAAUUUAGAUGUAUCUAAAGAAAAUCUUAUGAAAGAAUCUUCAAACGAGGAUCAACCAGAAUCUCAAAAGGAAACGAAACAAACAAAAAGUCCUACGGCAUUCACAUUUCCAGAAAGUGUAACGUACAGUCAAAUUCCUCCUUCGAGUUUACAUCAGACAAAUAUUGAUUUACCAGUUAGCUGUCUAUCAACAAUUAUGUUUACAACAUGUACAACAACUGAAAAAAAUACAGCAACAGUAACGACAACAGUAAUAACAUCGGAUACAAUUGCUAAAUCAUCUACGACAUUUCCGACUGUAUGCGUGACAAAGGAACAAAUAACAAGUUCACCGAGUUCUCAAAGACAAACAACUUUAUCAUCGAAUAUGACAACUAUUGUAGCUGAUGCUAAAAUAGCAGCUAAACUUAAUCAAGCAGUUUUAGAAAAUAUAACCGUUACUUCACAGCAAUCUAAGUCUGAAUCUAAUACACUAAGAACAAUUACUGUAAACGAUACAAUUGUAUCAACUACGUACAUUAUAAAGGAAAAAAUUUCAAUUUCAACACCUACCACGCAGCUUGAAUGUAACAGUUUUGUGCAAAAUAUGAACGUAAAUACAACAGAAGCAACAAGUAAUCCUACAAAAUUACUAUUAAGUGUUCAACCUACAUCUGUUACUUUAUCAAAACCAAAAAUGUCAAUACUUGAUCUACCUAAAAAAAAUAUUGUCGUAGUUACAUCAAAAGAUGAUAAAAUAGAAUAUACUAGAGAUACUGGAAAAGGAAAAAAUGAAAGAGACGAAACGGAUCAUACAGAAAAAAAUCAAGAAAAAGAUAAUUUCACCUCUAAAGUAGAUAUUCAUUCAACUGCAGUUCCAGAUACAAUAAUUUCAGAUGAUAAAAAGAAUGAUCCAUUAAAUACAACUGAUGAAUUAGAAAGUAUGUUAGAAGCUAUUCAUAAUCCUGCUGAAAAUAAUAUGACAGGGAAAAAGAAUGCACAUCCGGAUGAAAAAUCAAAUGUCUCUACAUUGAAAAGAAUGUCACCUGUUGCCGAUGAUUUGUCUCUUGUAAAUAUUCUAGAAAAUGAUACUGAACCAGCUGUUGAUAAUGACAAUAAACAAGAUAGCACAGACACGGAAGUAGUCAAAGUAGACAAAACUAAGGAGGCAGUAAAGCAACCUACUACUACUACUACUACUACUACUACUGUUACUACUACUUCUACUACCAUCACUACUACUACUACUACUACUGAAGCAAGCAGUACAGAUACCAGCACUAAUCAAAUUAUAAAUGAUAUCAAUCAAGAAGAACAUAAAGAGAAUAAAGACAAUGUAUCUUGUAUAGAAAUGGAAUCUAACAAACCAUAUUUAGAGCAUUGUCUUAAUGAAGAAAGAACUUUAAUGGAAGAGUCUUCUGAUGAUAUAUUAGACAUGCUUCAUAAUAUAAUAUCUUCUAAACCAGAGAUGGCAAAUACCGAUAUUCUCCAUGAAGACAGAUCUAGAAAAUCAAGUCUUAUAUAUCAAUUACCAACGCCACUGGAUACGUUACCUCUUAAUAUUUUACAAGACUCAUUACUGGAUUUAGAGCAAGAAAAUUUAGAAAAUGAAAAUCUUUUAUCUUCGGAAAAUAAAAUGUCGCCUAAACCUCAAAAAGCAAGUCCAUCACCUACAGGAUCUGUGUCUAAGAAAAGUCCACCGCAUCAUACUCUCCCGUUAGUUGUGAGCACAGUAGCUCAAUUACAAAAAUGUACAACUACAGUACCUCAUCUUUCUCCUUUAUCAAAGCCUACAGAGCUUACAUCAAACGUGGCUAAUGUAUCGCAUCAAUUGAGAACAUUACUUUCUUCUUUACAGACAAAUCAUUCUCAAAAUUGUACCACCAGUCAACCUACGAUCGUUACCAUGGUGUCCUCGGUAAUUUCAGCACCGAAAGUUGGAACAAUCUUAUCCACAAGUACAUCUUCUCCGAAUUCUGUUAAUAAUACACAACCUAAUUCGAAUCUUCGUUUGCAGACAUGCAUGACACCGUCUCCUCAUGCGAAUACGAAUACGAAUAAAGCAGAUAUUGAAACUACCACUACUACUUACACUUCACAGGGUAAAGAAAGUACAAACUCUACAGUCAGUGUUAUUUCAAGUCAUUGCAAAGUAACAACUUCUGAACAAUUUCUACGAGUAACUUCAAGUGGAAUUCAAUCGCAACCAACAAAUUGUUUUACAUUGCAAACUUCUUCUGUAGCAACUUCUAGACAACCAACUAAUACUGGAAUAUCUAUUACCUCAAACGCAAUGUUAAAUGCUAUGUUAUCUAAUACAAAUUCAACGAUCGCUGGAAAUAGGGCAAACACUGUUCCUACACAGGUCAGUAACUUAUUAAGUUCAGCUGUACCAUCGCCAACUGUACAAAGAACACAAAAUUUGCAAGCAACCUCAAAUAGUUCAUCUAUACCUUCUCGCAUUGCUGCUAAUUCUACCUCGACAGCUAUAAGUACAUCUAUGCAAUGUAUAAGAACUAUUGUACCACCUACAGUAACGUCUAGUACAAGCAACGUUAACGUUACUACCAGUAUAUUACAAUCUACAUUGUCUCAAACUCCAACACUUUUACAAGCUCAGCAUAGUUCUGGGCAAACUCCAUAUAAGACUGCAGCUCUUUUACCUAUUGACAAUAAAAAUAAUGAAUUGGAAGGAUUAGGUCAGAGUUCUGCUGUGAAAAAAGAACAAGACGAGACAAGUUCUAAACUGCAAAUGGGUAAUGAAAAACCUGCUACAACAAGAAACGAAUUAGAAACUGGUAAAGGUAAUUUGACAACAAAUUCUCAUAGAAUGGAGGAAUCUCAAAAUGUAUUAUUAAAACAAUUGUUACAAAAUACGGUAUGUUCAACAUUACCACCAGUACCAGUUAGUACUUCACAAGGAGCAACUCUGUCUUCGGUACCAUCAUUGGAAGCACAAUUAGCAACGCCAGUUACACCUACUUUGUCUUAUCGAAUACCACCGAUGGUAAAUGAAACACCAACUAUCAAAUCUCCUGCUAGCAAACAAGUUCUUGCAAGAGAGACUUCAUUUUUAUCGCAUGCGGUUAGUCCUCUUAAAGUUCAAAGUCCACCAACAAAGGAAGAACCACCAAAGCCGCCGCCACCGCCACCCCCACCACCACCACCACCAUUAGCAACAUCUACACCAACCCUGACCCAACAAAGACCCAUUGAUAUAAUGGUAAAGCAACAAACGACAAACCAGACAUCAAAAACUGCGUCUACUACUACACAAGCAAAUCAACAACUUACACUUACUCCAGCUGUGAAACAAGUAGCACCAGUAACGACAAAAAAUUGUGAAGUAUUAUCUUCAUUACAACAGGAUUCUAAUACUAACCAACCUCAGAUAAAAACAUCUAAUGACCCUGCUAUCACGAGUACUGCUCAAGUGCAACAGCAACGUGCACCCACUCCUAUGAUAGUUUCGAGAAUGAUUUCACAAACAAAGCUUGUAUCUACGACUGUACCUGUAAAAAUGACGCAGGCUAUGUCACAAGCUUCAAAUAACGUCACACAACAAGUCCCAACUGUUACACCGCCUCAAGCUUUACAAUCUCAACCUCUAUUGCCAGUAACUCAAAAAACUAUAGCUGCAUCACAACAACCUACACAUAUUAGUCCAGUACAGCCAUCAGUGCCUCAUACAGUGCCCCAUUCUAUGGGUCACCAAUCACAGAUGUCACAGGGUGCAAAUGCACAACAUUCAGUGCCUUUAGUAGAAGUCAAAAAGGAAAUUCUCGAUGAAGUUCUGUCCAGUGGUACACCUACCCAGCUAACCGAUACCAAAGACUUUCUUACUGCCAAAGAGGAGCUUAUGGAUGGUUCUAUGGAUGAUAAAACUGAUCUCAAAAAGUUAAGAAGACGUCAGUAUCAGCAGAAACGUAAACAGAGUCAAGGCAAGGACGCAUUAACGGUACCUCAAAAGAAACGAUGUAAAAAAGUAUCGCGGUUAGACGAAGAUUAUGACACGUUCAUCGAUAAUUUUAUGAUUCAAUUACGGCAACUUUCACCAAUGGCAGUGUUGGAACCUUUAUUAGGGAGCAAUUAUGGUGUUUGUCCUAUUUUUGGUUCAGGGGAUUUGUCCAAAAUUGUAAGCCAAAAGGAUUACAAUACUAGAACUGGAGAUCUAAUUGGUUCAUAUGGUUCUGCUAAUUUACCUGGUGUCUCUGAUCAUUAUAAUACUCAACCUUUUGGCGAAUUAGAACCAUUACCACCUCAGCAGCCUGUUUCUACACAGAGAGGAUUUUAUGAUCAGGAAUUUCCACCCCUAAAACUUGAUGACGUUGACGAAAAGAAAGAAAAUUCUUUGGUAACAAAUCGUGAUAUUGAUUCUCCCGAUACGAUAAUAAGUUCAUCAUCUCCAGAAUGUGUGAUACCAGAAUUUGUCCCUCACUUCCCAGGAUUAAGAUUAAUUGAAGAAGAAUCAGAUGAAGAAUCUGAUUGGUUGAAAAGAGUAUCACCUGUCAUACCUUUAAUUUCUCCUAUACCAAUUAGACUUAAACCUACCCAUAUAAGAGAUACAACCAAACAAGAUAAAGAAAAUUUAGGAAUUCCAAGGCUUGGAAAAUCUCCACCAACACCAUUGAGAGAGAACGGAAAUGUUACUGUUACCUUGACUUUAAAUAGUCAAGCUGCAGAUGAUAUAAUGGGUGUACUUAAAGAUUUGGCGAGUAUAUUAAACAUAGCUCCUCCAACUGGUUACCAGAUAGUAGAACGUACCACUACUCCUCCUAGUCAAAAAUUAGGACUUUACAGAACUAAGGGAAAAGAUGGCAAAGAAGGAGCACCAGUUGACAUACAGACUAUUUUGAAUGGUGCUGCCAAAUUCUGUCGUCAUUGCGAUGUUGUGAUAUUAAAUAGCUUAAUAAGAAAAAAAGUAUCAGAUUUACCAUUUUUGAGUAAGGAAGAAGCAGAACCCGGCGACGAAUUGUGUUUUUGUUCAGCAGGAUGUUACAUGCAGUUUGCUCUAAUGCAUAGAACACCUACGAGUACCCAAGAAAAAGCUGCGACGAUAGUAGACCAUUUAUGUCCAAAGGUAGAUCCCAAGGUAAUAGAAAAUGAUUUUAAGAAAAUGCAGGAGAAAAAAUUUUCACUCAAGCAAUCUAUAGACCACGUGGAAAGUAUUGAAGUUGAGUCUGAAAAUAAAUCGGAAAUUAGAAUAAAAAUUGAGAAUGAAUUCGAAAUACACGAUAACAGGGAAGAUUUGACAGAGGAAAAGCGACCAAAGAAACAUGCUGCUCUCGAAGAACUGUCUAAUGAAAUGAACGAACCACCCCCACCUGCAAAAGUAUGGAGAGGUCUUAGAUAUAAGACUUGGACAAUGGGUGCAAUACAACCUCCAACUAAACAUAAGAAGUCUACUGAUAAAGAGAUUACUGACAUGCUUUUCCGCAUGGGUGUGACUGUGGUACCAGCGAAAGCAGAAGACAGCCGCCGAUGCAUGUUUUGCCAAAGUCAAGGAGACGGUACUGCCGAUGGACCAGCUCGAUUACUUAAUUUCGACGUUGACAAAUGGGUGCAUUUAAAUUGUGCGUUGUGGUCGGAUGAUGUAUAUGAAACAGUAAACGGUGCAUUGAUGAACUUAGACCCUGCUUUACAACAUAGUCUUGUACUUAAUUGUAUCGUUUGCGAAAAACCGGGAGCCACAGUGAAAUGUUUUAAAACACGUUGUACGAAUCAUUAUCAUCUUGGUUGCGCUGUCAAAGACGGUUGUGUAUUUUAUAAGAACAAAAGCACCUUCUGCUCGCAGCACGUACAGAAAAAUGAGAAGGAUAACGAGUUGACAACGUUAUCCGUAUUUAGAAGAGUUUAUGUAAAUCGUGACGAAAAUAGACAAGUGGCAGCGGUGAUGCAUCACUCUGAACACAAUCAUCUACUCAGAGUGGGUAGUUUAAUUUUCUUAAGCGUUGGACAAUUGCUUCCACACCAACUUGCUAAUUUCCACACACCUAAUUACAUCUAUCCGGUCGGUUACAAAAUCGUACGAUUUUAUUGGAGCAUGAGAAGGCCCAAUAAACGUUGUCGAUAUGUCUGUUCUAUCCAUGACGUGUCAGGACGACCUGAGUUCAGAGUAUUAGUACAAGAACCAUUGCAAGAAGAUGUUGAAUUACGUGACGCUACGCCACGAGCCGUUUGGAAUCGAAUCCUCGAACCUCUUGCUGAACUUCGUAGAUCGACCAACAGUGUCCAAUUAUUUCCACGUUACGUUUCUGGCGAAGAUCUUUUCGGGCUUACGGAACCAGCAGUAGUACGAGUCCUUGAAAGUUUACCUGGCAUUGAGACCCUAACAGAUUAUAGAUUUAAAUAUGGACGCAAUCCUUUAUUAGAAUUACCUUUAGCUAUUAAUCCAACUGGUAGUGCAAGGACCGAAGCCCGAUUAAGAAAUCAGCUACCUUGGAAACGACCUCACACUCAACGUACUGGCUCUUCCGCUCGUGCUAAUUUUGUACCAACUGCUACGGUAGCUGGUGAAGUUGCUUGUCCAUAUUCGAAACAGUUUGUUCAUUCUAAAAGCUCCCAAUAUAAGAAGAUGAAACAGGAGUGGCGAAAUAACGUUUACUUAGCACGUUCCAAGAUUCAAGGCCUUGGUUUGUAUGCUGCACGUGAUCUUGAGAAACAUACGAUGGUCAUCGAAUAUAUAGGGGAAAUUAUACGAACCGAAUUAGCUGAAACUAGAGAAAAGCAAUACGAGGCUAGGAAUCGUGGUAUUUAUAUGUUUCGAUUAGACGAAGAAAGAGUAGUUGAUGCAACUCUCUGUGGUGGGCUUGCACGGUAUAUUAAUCAUUCUUGUAAUCCUAAUUGUGUCGCUGAAAUUGUUGAAGUCGAGCGUGAUCUCAGAAUUAUAAUAUUUGCAAAGCGAAGAAUCUCACGUGGAGAAGAGCUGGCAUACGAUUAUAAAUUUGACAUCGAAGAUGACCAGCACAAGAUAGCAUGCGCGUGUGGUGCACCUAACUGCCGCAAGUGGAUGAAUUAAAAGGAUCCACUGUUGUUAUUGUUACUACGUUAUUGGGUAGGUUUUACAUGAAUGAUAAAAAUGAUAUAUCUAUAUAUAUAUCUAUAUAUAUUUUAUAUAUAUAUAUAGAAAUAUAU